AUGAAAUUUCACAAAGUUCAUGAAUUCAAUCAAUUGGGGAAAACUAAGGUUCGAAAAAACAAAAAUGAAAUUGCAUUUGUGGGUUCAAAUUACUCAAUUAAACAACAAUCUAAUUUGGCUGCAAUUGUUGAUUGCACUUAUCCUAAAAUUCGCAACGGCUUAAUUAAUAAUUCGUACUUUCAUGAUAGGGCAAUACUAGCGCCAACAAAUAAAAUUGUUGAUAAGGUCAACGAACAUGUAUUAUCACUUUUUCCAGGAGAAGAGAGGUUAUACUUGAAUUCAGAUUCAAUCGAUAAAUCUGACGUUGAUCAUCUUGGCGAUCGGGUUGUACAAGCAACUGUAAUAUCUGGAUCUAACAUUGGUUAUAAGGUUUUCAUUCCAAGGGUUACACUUACACCUUCUGAUAGUUCUAAAACUCCAGUAGCUCUUCAGAGAAAACAAUUUCCAAUAUCAUUGUGUUUUGCGAUGAUGAUUGAUAAGAGUUGA